GUUUUAUUGCAACCAUGUUCAAAAAUAGUACCCAUUUUUUUGUCCUACUUUUUUUGGUAGGAUUGCAUUUAUUACUAGUUAAUGCUAAGCUAAAUCUAUGUUUAAAGAAAAAAAUAGACCUUCCUAUGCCACAAGGCGAUGUAUUACCGAAAAAUUCAGCUGAUCCAAUUUUUAUAAGCAAUGUUUCAUUAACAUUUAACCAUCCUGCAAUCAGAUUAAAUGCAGAAUUUAAAAACGUGAGUAUUUGGAACACCUCUUAUGUUGUCAAUACAUUUUUCCAGAAUAAUCAACUCGUAAAUCUAACUUUUCCAAACAUAUCUUUAGUAGGAGAUUACUAUUCUAUGAAAGGCAAUAUCGGUCAACUAUUCGACAUAUUUGGUGAAGGAGAUUUUUGGUGCUACCUUACAAAUUUUUCAGUAUCUUUCAGUAUUUUAUCAUUAAAUCUCAAUACUACCGACUUUUGUGUACCUGUAAGUUUAGAUGUCGACUUACAAAAAGCCAAUAUACACUUUAAUAAUUUAAUGGACGAUCCGGAAUUAUGCGACCUUUUCAACGAAGGAUUUUGCUCGUUAAUGCCGGAUAUAGUAAAAGAUGUAUGGGAAGAAGCGAAAGAAGCCAAUGAUCCUUGGCUAGAAGCACGAAUUAAUUCAAUUUUAAAUUCGUUAUUGGGAAGAGACGAAAUUCUAACUAAACUGAUCGAAAAUUAUCUGGAACAGAAACUUUUCGAUUUAGAAAAGCUAGUGUGA